GGUAACGACUCAUGGUUCAAGAAAGACGCGUUCUCUACGAAAAUCUGGAUGUACCAGACAUCAAUACAUUUGAUGUAUUUCGUCAGUACGACUGGCUAUAAACACUUCGAGAAGGCAAUCAAGGAGUAUCAGCCGGAAGAUAUUUGCGAUAUAGUGAUGAAAUCCGGGCUGAAGGGACGUGGCGGCGCAGGGUUUUCAACCGGGCUGAAGUGGAGUUUUGUGCCCAGAGAUAUUGAGCCCCGCUAUCUGUGUUGCAACGCCGAUGAGAGUGAGCCGGGAACGUUUAGCAAUCGCUACGUUCUGGAGAAGAAUCCACAUCUGUUAAUCGAAGGCAUCUUAAUCUGUUGCUAUGCCAUGGGGAUUAACACCGCGUACAUCUACAUUCGUGGGGAAUUCACACUCGGUAAGCGUAUGUUAGAUGCCGCUCUCGAAGAAGCAUAUCAGCACGGCUAUCUGGGAAAAAAUAUCCAAGGGAGUGGCUUUGAUUUGGACAUUUAUUCCCAUCCGGGAGCCGGAGCGUACAUCUGCGGCGAAGAGACAGGACUGAUUGAAUCCCUUGAAGGAAAACGCGGGCAACCGCGUGUGAAACCGCCCUUCCCCGCAGUCGAAGGGUUGUUCCAUAAGCCAACAGUUGUACAGAAUGUGGAAACGCUGUGUAACCUACCUUUCCUGAUGGGGAAUGGGGUCGAAUGGUAUACCAGUAUGGGACGCACCUAUGGGGAUACCCGGUUUAAUCCGCCACAAUCGGAUCCAAACACAGGGACAAAAUUGUACUGUAUCAGCGGGGACGUGCAUGAGCCGGGCGUCUAUGAACUCGAUCUCGGUUUGACCGCCGAGGAGUUAAUCGAAGUUGCGGGCGGCGUCAGGGGUGAGCGCGUAAAAGCUGUCAUCCCCGGCGGUAGUUCUGCACCGAUUUUGACGCACUAUGAAUUGGAAUGUCGCCUCGACUUUACUUCAUUGACGCUCUGGAAAUCAAUGCUCGGUUCUGGAGGCAUUAUCGUCAUGAACGAAACGCGGAACAUUGUCGAUUGCCUCCUCAACAUCAUGAAGUUCUACGCGCAUGAAUCGUGUGGGCAGUGUACGCCGUGCCGUUGGGGAACGCCUUGGGUGCGAGAUAUUGUCCAACGAAUCGCCGACGGUGAGGGGCGGCAAACAACGAUUCAACGACCUAAGUUUGGGGUUGCAGAGGGCGGCAGAUGGGGUGAUACCGGUGAGAUGGAAGAGGUUUACGAAGACCUUGACCUGCUAGAGAGUGUCGCAAACAACAUCGCAAAUGUGGACACCAUGACGUGGAAUACCAUCUGCGUCUUUGGGAUCGCUGUCUCAUGGCCCGCUGUGAGUUAUCUACGGAAAUUCCGUCCAGAGUUUGAGGCUGCAAUCCGUGAGGGGAAAUUGGUAACAUUGCCGGUGGAAGAAGCGACGGUGCCGCCGGAAGGGAAUUACGCUUAUCAGCAGCGGAUAGUCCCAAGACUGUUUGAAGCGUAG